AUGGAAGAUCCUCAUAGUGAAAAACAGUGGAUGAUACGCCGCCACAGCCGGGAGAAGAAAGAGCUACAGGCCCGUAUCCAGAGCAUGAAAAACUCUGUACCGAAGGGCGACAAGAAGAAAAGAAAGCAGAUGCUCCUAGACGUGGCCCGCCUCGAGGCUGAGAUGGAGCAGAAACACCAGCAAGAGCUGGAGACGUUCCAUGAGAGCUAUCCUGACAGCAGCGACCUCGAUACUAUCACUGAAGAUCUGGCCAAGAUGGAUCUUGAGAACCAGCUUCCGCGACUCUCGAGGGCCCAGAAGCAGCGAGAAAGAAGGGCCGCCCUGGAUAGAGAGCGCCAAGAGAGAGUCGCAGAGGCCGAGAUGGAGCACCUGGCCAGCUUCCGGUGUGAGGAGGAGGAGAAGCUCGCCACCAUCGUGGGGACCAAGAAUCUGGAGAUGAAAGAUAUCCCAGCCGAUGGCCAUUGCAGGUACCGCGCCAUCCAAGAUCAUCUGGUGUUCUCCAUGACCAUAGAAAGCCUGCGUUCUCGCCCCGCUGACUACCUGCGGAAGCACGACGACGACUUUCUGCCCUUGUUCAGCGACCCGGAAACCAGUCACGCCUAUGGCCGCGAAGAUUUCCUGAGCUACUGCGAUGACAUCGUGCACAGAGCGUCGUGGGGAGGCCAGCUCGAGUUGAGUGCCCUGUCACAUGUCCUGCAGACCCCCAUCGAAGUCAUCCAGGCGGAUUCGCUGGCUGUCGUUACUGGGAAGGAGUACACCCGGAAGCCGUCUACCUGCGCUACGCCUGCAACCUCGGGGAACAUUACAACUCGGUGA